UCGGACGAUAUAGACUUUGUAGAACAAGUCGCCAGGCUUACUAAUGUUCUUGGCGUAGAAUUAUGCAAAAUAUGGGAAGAAGUGGAUUCCGAAACAAAACCUGUUGUAUAUGUUCAAAUAGAACUCUUACUGCAAUUUCUAUUGAAAUUUUUGGCUGACGAAUACGAUGAUACUUCUUGUGCUGUAUUUCCUUUCGUAUCAGCAUUGCAAACAGUGUUAAAAAGACAGAAAAAUUUCUCUGGUGCAUUAACUGGGUCACAAAGAGAAUUUAUGGAUUCAUUACUAAAAGUAGUAGUUCUCAAAAUGAAAUAUGAUGACGAAACAGAUUGGGGUGGAACAGAAGACGGAGCAGAAGAUGCUGCAGAAUUUUUGGAGAUGCGUAAG